AGGCGUCGCCGCCGCCAGCACUUGCCGCCGUUGCUGCCGCCAGUUAAUAAACAAGGAGCGGGAACGAGCUCAGCGUGGCGAUGGGCGGGGGUAGAGCCCCGCCGGAGAGGCUGGGCGGCCGCCGGUGACAGACUGUACUGUAGCCGAGGAACCUUCUGCAUGUCCUGCUGCCCUGAGCUCUCUCAAGCUAGGUGACAGCGUGUUAAUGCUGCCACCAUGAAUGAGGUAUCUGUCAUCAAAGAAGGCUGGCUUCACAAACGUGGUGAAUACAUCAAGACUUGGAGGCCCCGGUACUUCCUUCUGAAGAGUGAUGGAUCUUUCAUUGGUUAUAAGGAGAGACCCGAGGCCCCUGACCAGACCUUACCCCCUCUGAACAAUUUCUCUGUAGCAGAAUGCCAGCUGAUGAAGACUGAGAGGCCACGACCCAACACCUUUGUCAUACGCUGCCUGCAGUGGACCACAGUCAUCGAGAGGACCUUCCAUGUAGACUCUCCAGAUGAGAGGGAAGAGUGGAUGCGGGCUAUCCAGAUGGUCGCCAAUAGUCUGAAGCAGCGGGGCCCAGGGGACGAUGCCAUGGAUUACAAGUGUGGCUCCCCCAGUGACUCUUCCACGUCUGAGAUGAUGGAGGUGGCUGUCAACAAGGCACGGGCCAAAGUGACCAUGAAUGACUUCGAUUAUCUCAAGCUCCUCGGCAAGGGCACCUUCGGCAAAGUCAUUCUAGUUCGGGAGAAGGCCACUGGCCGUUACUACGCCAUGAAGAUCCUGCGGAAGGAGGUGAUCAUUGCAAAGGAUGAAGUCGCCCACACAGUCACGGAGAGCCGGGUCCUGCAGAAUACGAGGCACCCCUUUCUUACAGCCCUGAAGUAUGCCUUCCAGACUCAUGACCGCCUGUGCUUUGUGAUGGAAUAUGCCAACGGGGGUGAGCUCUUCUUCCACCUCUCUCGAGAGCGAGUCUUCACGGAAGAUCGGGCGCGCUUUUAUGGAGCAGAGAUUGUGUCAGCUCUGGAGUAUUUACACUCAAGGGAUGUGGUGUACCGCGACAUCAAGCUGGAAAACCUUAUGCUGGACAAAGAUGGCCACAUCAAGAUCACUGACUUUGGCUUGUGCAAGGAGGGCAUCACCGAUGGGGCCACCAUGAAAACCUUCUGUGGUACCCCGGAGUACUUGGCACCUGAGGUGCUGGAGGACAACGACUACGGGCGUGCCGUGGACUGGUGGGGGCUGGGCGUGGUUAUGUACGAGAUGAUGUGUGGCCGCCUGCCCUUCUACAACCAGGACCACGAGCGCCUCUUCGAGCUCAUUCUCAUGGAGGAGAUCCGCUUCCCACGAACGCUCGGACCAGAGGCCAAGUCCCUGCUGGCUGGGCUGCUGAAGAAGGACCCUAAGCAGAGGCUCGGCGGAGGUCCCAGUGAUGCAAAGGAGGUCAUGGAGCAUCGGUUCUUCCUCAGCAUCAACUGGCAGGACGUGGUACAGAAAAAGCUCCUGCCACCCUUCAAACCUCAGGUCACUUCAGAAGUGGACACAAGGUACUUCGAUGAUGAAUUCACCGCCCAGUCGAUCACAGUCACACCCCCAGACCGAUAUGACAGCCUCGGCUCGCUGGAGCUGGACCAGCGGACACACUUCCCCCAGUUCUCCUACUCAGCCAGCAUCCGAGAGUGAGCAGCCCUCUGCCACCACAGGACACAAGCAUGGCUGUCAUCCACUGCCUGGGUGGCUUUUUAAAAAGAACUUUAUUUUGCCUUUUGGUUUGUGUUCCCUUCCCUGUCCCCUCACCCCAUAUCCAGUCUCUUCUUCAGUUCUUGCUCACACUUAGCAGCCCUGGCGGCCCUGGCCUCUGGCCUCCCCUCUGCUCCAGACGAGUGCUGGAGAGCCGCCCAAGGACAGGCUGUUGGGAGGAUGGAGAGUGGGGUCAUUAAUCACCACCAGCCUCCAAGAGGGUGAAGUGGGGAGCCAUGGGGUCACCUGGAUUUGGAGGCAAGCCAGCGGAGGACACAUCUAGAAAUGCCCCCUGACCCCAGCACCCCAGCACCCCAGCUGCCUUCUAUGCUGUCAUCUGGGCAGUCUCUCUGCUGCCACCCUACUGGGGCAGAAAAGCAAUAAUGUCCAGGGAUAGGCAGAAGCUUUCGGAAGCUGAGGGCUUUGGGUUUGGUUCCAUGGAAAUUGGACCCAAGUCCCUGGAUCUUCCUUCACAGGGCGUCCAGGAGCAGGAGCUGCCUCCUGAACCUGCCUCUUCCUCCCAGGCUGCUCUCUGAUUCUUAAUAAAGCAGGAGGAAUGUUUGUGGGCAGCCUGUCUGCCCGCAGCCCAGUGCCUUACCAGGGCUUCCUUCUAGCCAGCCUUGCCUCCCGCUGGGCCCCUUUGGAUGGCUCCAUUCUCUGCCUGGGGCAGAGGGAAGCCAACCUUGGCUGUUACACAUCUCACACCGAGACAGUAUUGGGCCCCUUGGACUUGACUGGGGUCUGAGAGGGAACAGAGACGGGGACAGGUAUCUCUGAUACACAGUGGGGUGGAGUCUGCCUCAUCUCCGGGGCCCCUGUUCUGCAGCCUUAAAGUGAGUGAGUGAGUGAGUGAGUGAGUGAGUGCUGUGGGUGCAGUGUGCACCCUGACCUAGCAGUGACCAUCUCAGGCUCCUGGGAUGCUGCUGCCCACAGCUGUCUACAGCACUUGUGUGAGUGGGCUCAGGCCUCAACCCCAGCCUGAGUGUUUGAUCCCAUGGGGUGCAGCGAGGGCAGGUGGUUGGCCUGCCGCUCUGGCGUGUCUCCCCCACCUCAGUAUCUCUGGGUGUUUGGAAAUGAGUUCUCCUGGGUCUGCUCUCCCACCGCACCCCCAGAGUCGGUGGACUUUAGAAAGGCAGUAGGGUAGGGUGGCCGGGAUGGUUAUGGGGGUCAUCUGUUUUUUACUUUGUAUGCGUGUAUGUUUAUCUGAGAGUUUUCUCCCAUCCCUACUGGCCUUUCCUUACUCCUCGUAUUUGUACGGUACAAGCAAUAAAGACACUCAUUUCAGACCAGG